AUGACGGCCCACGAGCAGUCAGGCAGCUUUGGAAAAACAGUCAUAAGACGUGGCGGCAAAGCCCAGGAGCAGCCAUCUGAGCUCAGAGGUAUGGCUAUUGCAGGGACCCUGUCCGAGGCAGAUAUCGCGGCUGGCCUGAAAAGCUGUGAAGUUAAGGAUACCUUCAACUGCAAGACCUUUUUUGACAAGGACAAGGAUGGGUUCAUUGGUCGAAAUGAAUUGAAGACAUUCCUGAAGGCUCUCAACUCAGGUGCCAGAGAUCUGACUGAUGAGGAGACUGAGGCCUUCUUGAAAAAAGGCGACACUAAUGGAGAUGGCAAAAUUGAUUUCGAUGGGGAUGGGGGCAGCCUGCUUUUGUGGCAAAUUCCUGCCUCCACCACCUAAACACCAAUGCCCAGCUUCUCUUGGGGCCCAGAGGAAGAUGGCGGCCACAUCAGAGCCAUUAACAAAUGCCUGUUAUG